UUGAAACCUCCAGCCCUCUCCCUUGAAACAGAUCGAGUCUGUGUCCCGACGAUCGCUCGACUGCCCUGUCAUCGAUAAAGUACAUAGCUUGCUGGGUGGGCUCGAGGGUCUCCUCGCUGUCAAUAUGUCUUCAUUCUUACCUGUCAAUAAUAUCUCAUCGCCACAAGACCGUGUCAUGGAGGAGGCGGCGUCUUCCACCCCUCGCCCCCAUCCCAAACCUGGACCGGCCACACUCGACACCACACACUCCAUGGGUGCCGCCCAUGACGAGAGCACACCCCGGAACUUAAAUAGCAUGGAUGACGCCCGCCUUACUGACCAAGGGGCCGCGUCGCUGACCUCGGAUGAAGCUGCGCAUGGGGAUUCGGACGAUGUGGACCCUGAUGGUUCCGACAACGAGGAGGAUCACAAGGGCGGCGCUCCGCCCUCGAAAAAGAAGAAAGGUCAACGGUUCUACUGCACGGACUUCCCGCCGUGUAACUUGAGCUUCACCCGCAGUGAGCAUCUCGCCCGACAUAUCCGCAAACACACCGGGGAGCGCCCCUUCCAGUGCCACUGCUCCCGCCGGUUCUCUCGACUCGACAACCUGCGGCAACAUGCCCAGACUGUGCAUGUCAACGAGGAUAUUCCCGGAGACUCCCUCGCAGCCACUGGGACUCGCUUCCAGCGCCAAAUCCGAACGGAUCGUGUCCGCCCGCAGGGCCGAGCAAGGGCGGGAACAGCGGGCAGUCAAGGCACCCAUAGCAGAGGUCACAGCCGAAACCUAUCCGCUUCGAGUAUUACCUCGACAGCAUCGACAUUUAGCCAACCCCAGGAGCUUCGACGUCGGCCCGCGCCUUUGAUGAUGGCAAAUGACCGAGCGCGCCUGAUGGAUUCGAUGGACGCUCCCAGCACUCCUCCAGGUCGGGGUCUCCCAGGCCCGACCGCCGGUGGAUCUCCCUACACGCCCACACAUCACAUCUUCGCGGCCGGCGGUACCGCGAGUCCGCAUAUAGCUUCGCCGAUGUCCACGGCAUCUCAGGCCUCGGGUUUCUGGGAGGGAAAGACGGCUGCCCGUCGCCUGUCUGUCCCGACGGGCGCAAACCCGUUCGCGUCGCAGCAUCCAAAUGUCUACCCCCCGGGCUAUGUUCCGCCACCGCCGUACGCGCCCCAUGGCGGGGUGUACGCAAGCCCUGUGAGCUCAUCGUAUUCACUGUCUCGCGACGAAGCAAGCCACGGAUCCUCGGAUGCUGAUUUGCGGAGAAGAACCUGGCAUCCGUCAACCUGGUCCGCCGUUCCUCGGCCUGCCACUAGUGGCCUGAGCAACUACCAGACGCCCGAAGUGUUUAAGCCAUCAUUUGGAGCGAACGGAUCAGCAGAACAGCCGCCGCGGCUGCCUGGGAUUGAAAGCUUUGAUAAGGUGAUGGCCCAGCGACCAUUGACCCCUCCCGUCCGCCGUGCCAGUCCGAUGCAACUUGACAACCCCAACAAGCCGCCUCCGAACUAUAACCUCGUUGGAGGCUACAACUACAAUCAGCCCGCCAAGCGGCCAGCGCCGCCCAUAUCCGGUCCCGGUCACCGACGGGGUCACGUCUCUUGGGACAUGUCGCUGCACAACAACCUCACCGGACUACAAAUCAGAGACAAGCCCGCUCAGCGGGACGCGUCGAACUGGGGUCAGCAGACAAUCGCAGAGAUUCACAGCAUCGGCUCCCGCCCGUCUUCCUCCUAUCAGCCACAGUACCAUGAGUACCGAGGGCACACUCACUCCUACAGCAAUGCUACCUCCAGCUCCCACGCGACGCGAACUUCGCCCGAGGAUUCAAGUAGCAGUGAAGGGGUGCACACUCCAUCUACGGCAUCUCUCGAGUACCAUCCGGCCAUCGUGCACAACAACGGAUACGUGGAGCCGCACCAAACCCCGUUUCCAUCCGAAACAUCUCAAGCAGCUUGCCCCCCUCUACCCCCUCAGUCGGACAACUAUCACGGCAAACGUGACCUGCGGUCCGACUUCCUGCCCCAGACGGUCCGGGAACCCGGCAUGGGUCGACUGGAGGCUCUUGUUGCAGUCGCCACGAGCGAAAACAAAGGCGCAGCGAAGCUGUUCCUCUGAAGACGUCGCGGUUGACGCGGGUGUCGUUUCACGACCCGGCCCGGCCAGCGGGUUGCGGGUCGCACGUCGAUCUUUCUCGGUUCCCCCGCCCUUUCUCU